GUCUACCAGCAAGAACAGUUAUUACCAAACCCUACUGCUGCUGCAGCUGCUUUCCACAUGCCGGCCACCGCGUCUUGGGACGGGUACGGCGGUCAGAUCUUCCCCGCCGACAUGUACAACCAGGACACCCUGGAGGCGGUGCUCCGGCCAGUGACGUCUCCGCUGCAGGCGGCGGCGGCGGCGGAGCGGGGGCCGAGGGAUGGGGCGCCGGUGGAAGGCAUGAGGCGUGGCACCGUCGCGGGCGCCGCGGCGCUGCGGAAGCGGCCGGCCCGAACGGAUCGGCAUAGCAAGAUCCGCACGGCGCAGGGCGUGCGCGACCGGCGGAUGCGGCUGUCGGUCGGCGUCGCGCGCGACUUCUUCGCGCUGCAGGACCGGCUGGGGUUCGACAAGCCCAGCAAGACCGUCAACUGGCUCCUCACCCAGUCCAAGCCGGCCAUCGACUGCCUCUGUGACGCGGCGCUAGGGGACGCCGUGCAGGCGGUUGCCUCCGGACCGGCGGUCAAGGAGAAGGGGGAGGGGAGCUCCUCGAGCACUGGCUGUUUCAAGGACUCCAGGGACAAGGCGAGAAGCAGAGGCGGCCUUGAUGGGCCGGUGGCGCUCAUGGAGGAUCAUGGCGGCGGUGAACACGAGUGGACCAUGUCAGGUGCCGUGGCAGCAGCGGCGAUGGAGCAGCCGCAGCCAAUGGACUGGUUGGACUACUAUUACCAGUACUACCAGCUCGAGGAGAUGAUGAGAUCUUGCAACAACGGAGGAGUGCUACCAAGGUGAUUUCUUGUGUGGUAUGCAAACAUUACGUCUAAAGUCUGAACACUCUAAAUGUUGAGAUGUUUCAGCUGCCAUGA